CUGGUAACAAAAUGUUAAUAAAUCACUGCUGAAAGUGAAGAAGCGCUAUGCGCAGAAUGCAGCUAUCACGGGUGCGGGAUUUCAAAUUCGCGACGAAAGGUCUCGACUCGACGCAUUGCAAUAAAAAUUAGGAUAUUUUAACAGAUAAUUGCAACAAGCAAGAGUUUUACAUUGAAAGACGUUUUCAAUCAGUACAAUACAUGAGCUUGUUUUUACACGAUUGUAAUCGUUUUAUGAAGUUAUAAAUACGGGAACAUCAAAUAUAUUUAUUUUGGAAAUGGAUUGAUAUUUCGUGACGCACUAAAAAAUAGUUUAUGAACCAUUGGCAUUUGGCAAAUAUCAUCAAUUCAUGCUAUUUCUUCAUGUUUCAUGAUUGCUAAUAUUUCAUUCUAUUCUUUUUUUACAUUUUUUGCGUUAUUUCAAUUAAAAUCAUGUGUGGCAUUUUAUUUAACGGUUGACAAAGGGGUAAUAUUCGGCGAUUACUGAAAGGUUACUACUAUAGCAAUGGAUCUACCUCCAGCUAGAACCAUGGAUGUUUCCCCAAAAGUAUUUGACCGCAUGCCACUUGCAUAUACUGGUAACUAAUCCCAGCCUAGUCUAUUGCAGUUCUUGCGGGACAAUUUUUAAAUUUUUGCAACUAAAGUAAAGCUCGUCAGAGAACAUAAUGACAAUUAAAUUAUUUGAAGAGUCGUAAACCACGAACAACAAACUUAUUUGCAUCCUCGUUUUCUUAUUCUCAUUUUCAGUAAUGAUAUUUAGUUUGCAGCAGGCUGUGUUUUAUUAAUUUGAAAUGAAAAAAGUUAAAAUAAAUAAGUUGCUUGAAUGCGGGAUUUGCGGAAAAGUACUUUGUAAUGUGCAAAAUAAAACUAUUCACAUGAGACAACAUACAGGAGAAAGACCAUACAAAUGUGAUGAAUGUGGAAAAGGAUUUUGUGACAAUAGUACUUUAAGAAAACACAUUAAUCGACAUAUGAAGAGAUUUGUCUGCAAAAUCUGUGAAAGGCCCUUCGGCUGCAAGUCUCAGCUUUCUACUCAUAUUCUCACUCACGCAAAGGAGAAAAUAUUCCCAUGCACAUAUUGUGAUGAGCUUUUUGCGAGUAAAGGAAUUUUGAAGUUGCAUAUGGGAAGGCAUACUAAUGAUUAUCCAUUCAAAUGUGAGAUAUGUGGCGUCAUCAAGUUGUACCAGUGCAAGCUGGAUAUUCAUAUGCGUACACAUACAGGUGAAAAACCGUUUAUCUGUAACUUAUGUGGGAAGGCAUUUAGACACGACACUAAUCGAAAUGCUCAUAUGCAAACACAUUCCAACGAAAAGCCGUAUGCAUGUGAGAUAUGUGAAAAGAGAUUUGCUGUACAAAGUUAUGUCAAGAAACACAUGAAACGGACUCAUUUGAAAUCAGAAAGUAUAUCAAAUAAAGACUCGUUGAACGGGAACUAAAUGAUCACUAGAGAACACCGUUA